GCAGCGAUUGGCCGGGCUGGCCGGCCAAUGGGAAGGGCUCCCCCUCGGACAUGCGGAGGGGGAAGAGCCGGAGAGCAAAGACUUUUAAAAAGUUGCAGGGAAAGCGAGGAAGAGGCAGAGGCGCAGAGGGCACCAAGCAGGGCUCCCAUCUCCAGCAAGGCCGGAGGCGACGCAGGCAGGAUGUCCGCCGCACACUUCAACCGGGGACCGGCCUACGGGCUGUCAGCGGAGGUCAAGAACAAGCUGGCCCAGAAGUACGACCCCCAGCGGGAGCAGGAGUUGCGGCUGUGGAUCGAGGACAUGACGGGGGAGCGCCUUGCAGACAACUUCAUGGAGGGGCUGAAGGAUGGCGUCAUCCUGUGCAAACUCAUCAACAAACUGCAGCCUGGCUCCGUGAAGAAGGUGAACGAGUCCACUCAGAACUGGCACCAGCUCGAGAACAUCAGUAACUUCAUCAAGGCCAUCACCAAGUACGGCGUGAAGCCACACGACAUUUUCGAAGCCAACGACCUCUUUGAGAACACGAACUACACCCAGGUGCAGUCCACCCUGAUCGCCCUGGCGAGCCAGGCCAAGACAAAAGGCAACAAAGUGAACAUGGGUGUCAAAUACGCCGAGAAGCAUCAGCGCCGAUUCCAGCCGGAGAAGCUGAAAGAAGGACGGAACAUUAUCGGGCUGCAGAUGGGCACCAACAAGUUUGCCAGCCAGCAGGGCAUGACGGCCUACGGCACCCGCCGGCACCUCUAUGACCCCAAACUGGGCACAGACCAGCCCCUAGAUCAGGCCACCAUCAGUCUACAAAUGGGCACCAACAAGGGAGCCAGCCAGGCGGGCAUGACGGCCCCAGGGACCAAGCGGCAGAUCUUCGAGCCCACGCUGGGCAUGGAGCACUGCGACAGCCUCAACGUCUCCCUGCAGAUGGGCAGCAACAAGGGCGCCUCGCAGCAGGGCAUGACCGUGUACGGGCUGCCACGCCAGGUCUACGACCCCAAGUACUGCCUCCAGCCCAACUACGCCAUGGUCGGCGAGGACGAGUACAACCACAGCCAACACAACUUCUACAACUCCGAAUGAGGGGCCGGGCCGAGGCCUGGACUGAUCAGAGACACACGCAACCAGGACGCUAGAAGAAACUUUUUUAAAAAAAAAAAACAGCAAGUGAUUACUUUAAAAAGAGGAAUAAGAGGAAAUCCCGACUGCUCCACGCAAUGCUAAACUGCUCACAGAGGGUCCCCCAACCCAGCUUCCCCCAACCCUAGAAACAAACCCCAACCCCCGUCAGAUUCCCCCCCCCUUAUUUAAGUUGUUUUUCAAUGUAUAAUCCAGCACUUGACAAUGCACGGCCAUAGAGCAAGGCUCAGUUCAAUCAGGAGUAGUUGGGGUGGGGGGGGGGAAGGGUAGAUGUAGCCGUGAAAAGCCAGAAACAUUAGUGCUUUUUCACCAUUAGCACCAGUGUCUCGGCUCUGAGACACUCACCCUGCCCCCACCC